UUUUCGCAGUUUGUGGUUUUUCAUGUCGUAUUGUAUAUCAAAAGGAUCUUUUUUGAAUUGUACCUUGUGAUUUUGUACUUAAGGAAAUGGGUAAAGAAAUUGAUUUUAUUUCUGAUGUUAAUGAAAGAUAUGCGAUGAUAGAGUACCAACUAGACGAAAAAUUAAAAGCUCUCAAUCAAAAGGAGCAAACCAUAUUAAAUUCUGAUCAUCACAAUCCCCCUGUUAAGAAAAAACAACCAAUGCACCUAACACCGGAAACAGCCAGACAGCGAAACUUUGAGUUACUAAAAUCUCUAGAAGUCUCAAAAGCACGCCUUCGUUCCCGUGCCACUUUCAGCCCAUUGGAGACCAUCUUGCAGAAAGCUAUCGAGAAAUACCUUAAAGAAACAUCACUUAUACCAUGCACUACCAAAAAAGCAUAUGGGCCCACAUACGUGUAAUAGAAAAUAACGGUUACAAUAUACAAAAGUGUAUUAACUGCUGUAAAGAAUAUGUACAAAAAUAUAU